AUGAAGCGCCAAGAACUUAAGUAUGGGUUUGGAAUUUUUGAUGUGGUCGGUAUUGACCUAUCUCUCAAUCAGUUAGUCGGUGGAAUUCCAGAUGGGAUAAGUUCUCUUAACGGAUUGAUGAAUUUGAACUUAUCUUGGAACCAGCUGAGUGGGGAAAUUACUGCGAAGAUUGGGCUGAUGAAAUCAAUUGAAUCACUAGACCUAUCAAGGAACAACCUUUCCGGCGAAAUACCUACAAGCUUGUCAGAUUUGACAUAUUUAAGCUUCCUGGACUUGUCAUAUAACAAUCUUGUUGGUAGAAUACCACCUGGAAGUCAACUUGACACCUUGUACAUGGAGAAUCCAUCCAUAUAUAGUGGCAACAUUGGUCUGUGCGGCCCUCCUCUUGGAAGGAAUUGCUCGGGAGACAAUGUACCUGAGCACGAGAAUCCACAAAGAAGGGGCAAGUUUUCUGAGCCAGUGUUGUUCUUUUACUUUGGGCUUGGGUCUGGAUUUCUUGCUGGCCUGUGGAUCGUGUUUUGCGCCCUGCUAUUCAAGAAAGCAUGGAGAGUUGCCUAUUUCCGUCUCUUCGACAAAGUUUACGACAAUGCAUAUGUGUUUGUGGUUGUUACUUUGGGUAGGAUGAAAGGAAAGGCCACGGGUUGAGUGGGACAUUCAACAAAACUAUGUUACCCUGAUGCUGGUGCCUAGUGUGACCGGGCUGUAUGAAUAAAUGAAGGUGCAAAAAUAUUUAUCGCA